UCCGGGUAAAAUAUUCCGGUGGGAUCGGAAACAGAAGUGUGCUGGAAGUUGUAAUUUUUUCAAGUGCCCAGGCUGGACUUGUUUGACUUCUUAGCUACUGUUCAUUACUCAUUGUUACAUCAGAAACAUGACGGCAAGGAUCUUGCUCAGGAGUGGCACCUGAACUUCGUUAACAUGUUACGCUGGUCUGUGGAGAGCCGGGUUCGAGAGGUGGCAGUGCGGAGGGACCGAGCUGAGCGGAGCCCGAAGUCGGCCGGAGGACGCUGGCUCUGUGAGAGACAGAGUAGAGGGGCUAGGGGUCGCGAGCACCGCUGACAAGCCAUGGGGAAGAAACAGAAAAACAAGAGCGAAGACAGUGCCAAGGAUGACAUUGAUCUUGAUGCAUUGGCUGCAGAAAUAGAAGGAGCGGGUGCUGCCAAAGAACAGGAACUUCAAAAGACAAAGGGGAAAAAGAAAAAGGAGAAAAAGAAGCAGGACUUUGAUGAAGAUGAUAUUCUGAAAGAACUGGAAGAAUUGUCUUUGGAAGCUCAAGGCAUCAAAGCGGACCGAGAAACUGUUGCAGUGAAGCCAACAGAAAACAAUGAAGAAGAAUCCACCUCAAAACAAGAUAAAAAAAAGAAAGGACAGAAGAGCAAAAAACAAAGUUUUGAUGAUAAUGAUAGCGAAGAAUCAGAAGAUAAAAAUUCAAAGUCAAAAAAGACUGUAAAACCCAAAGUGGAAAUACACUCUGGGAGUGAAGAUGAUGAUUUUAAUAAACUUUCUAGAAAGGCUAAAGGGAAAGCUCAGAAGUCAAAUAGAAAGUGGGAUGGCUCAGAGGAGGAUGACGACCACAGUAAAAGAACCAAGGGGCGUUCCAGAGUGAACUCUUCAGGUGAAAGUGGCGAUGAGUCUGAUGAAGUUUUGCAGGCUAGAAAAGGACAGAAAAAAAAUCAAAAAAAUAAGCCUGGUCCUAAUGUUGAUAGUGGGAAUGAAGAUGAUGACUCUUCAUUCAAAAUUAAGACAGUGGCCCAGAAAAAGGCAGAAAAGAAAGAGCGUGAGAAGAAAAAGCGAGAUGAAGAAAAAGCAAAACUGCGGAAGCUGAAGGAAAAAGAAGAGUUAGAAAUAAGUAAAAAGGAUCAGGGUAAACAAAAAGAACCUCAAAAGAAACCUGAAGAGGAAGCUGUCAAAUCCAGAGUGACUCCUGAUACUGGAGCUGCCUCUGCAGAGAAAGGAGAGUUGCCUGUGGCCGCAGAAGAUGACAAUGAAGGAGAUAAAAAGAAGAAAGAUAAGAAGAAAAAGAAAACAGAUAGGGAAGAAAAAGAGAAAGAGAAGAAAAAAGGACCUAGCAAAGCAACUGUUAAAGCUAUGCAGGAAGCUCUGGCUAAGCUUAAAGAAGAAGAAGAAAGACAAAAGAGAGAAGAGGAAGAACGCAUAAAACGACUGGAAGAGUUAGAAGCCAAGCGGAAGGAAGAGGAACGAUUGGAACAAGAAAAAAGAGAAAGGAAAAAGCAAAAAGAAAAGGAAAGAAAAGAACGCUUGAAAAAAGAAGGGAAACUUUUAACUAAAUCCCAGAGAGAAGCCAGAGCCAGAGCUGAAGCUACCCUUAAACUUCUACAAGCUCAGGGUGUUGAAGUGCCAUCAAAAGAUUCUUUGCCAAAGAAAAGGCCAAUUUAUGAAGACAAAAAGAAGAAAAAAACACCACAGCAGCUAGAAAAUAAAGAAGUGUCUGAAGCAGUGGAAUUAAGUACAGCUGUUGAAGUUGUGGAACAAGGUGUGCCAGAGAAAGAAGAAACACCACCUCCUGUUGAACCAGAAGAAGAAGAAGAAGAAAGUGAGGAAGGUGGAUUGGAUGAUUGGGAAGCCAUGGCCAGUGAUGAGGACAGAGAACAAGAAAGAAACACAGUUCAUAUAGAAGUAAAGGAAAAUCCUGAGGAGGAGGAAGAGGAGGAGGAAGAGGAAGAUGAAGAGGAGGAGAGUGAAGAAGAGGAGGAGGAGGAAGGAGAAAGUGAGGCCAGUGAAGGUGAUGAGGAAGAGGAAAAGAUGUCAGAUGAGAAAGAUUCAGGGAGAACAGAUACAAAGCAAAGUAAAGAAAUAAGCUCUGACUCAGAAUAUGACUCUGAUGAUGAUAGAAGUAAAGAAGAACGGGCUUAUGACAAAGCAAAACGGAGAAUCGAGAAACGGCGACUUGAACAUAGUAAAAAUGUAAAUACAGAGAAGCUAAGAGCUCCUAUUAUCUGUGUACUUGGCCAUGUGGACACAGGAAAGACAAAAAUUCUAGAUAAGCUUCGUCAUACUCAUGUCCAAGAUGGUGAAGCAGGUGGUAUCACACAGCAGAUUGGGGCCACCAAUGUUCCCCUUGAAGCUAUUAAUGAGCAGACUAAGAUGAUUAAAAAUUUUGAUAGAGAGAAUGUACGAAUUCCAGGAAUGCUGAUUAUUGAUACUCCUGGACAUGAGUCUUUCAGUAAUCUGAGAAACAGAGGAAGUUCUCUUUGCGAUAUUGCCAUUUUAGUUGUUGAUAUUAUGCAUGGUUUGGAGCCACAGACAAUUGAAUCUAUCAACCUUCUCAAAUCUAAAAAAUGUCCCUUCAUUGUUGCACUCAAUAAGAUUGAUAGGUUAUAUGAUUGGAAAAAGAGUCCUGAUUCUGAUGUGGCUGCUACUUUAAAGAAGCAGAAAAAGAAUACAAAAGACGAGUUUGAGGAGCGCGCAAAGACCAUCAUUGUAGAAUUUGCACAGCAGGGUUUGAAUGCUGCUUUGUUUUAUGAGAACAAAGAUCCUCGCACCUUUGUGUCCUUGGUACCUACCUCUGCACAUACUGGCGAUGGCAUGGGAAGCUUGAUCUACCUUCUUGUCGAGUUAACUCAGACCAUGUUGAGCAAGAGACUUGCACACUGUGAAGAGUUGCGAGCUCAGGUGAUGGAGGUUAAAGCUCUCCCAGGAAUGGGCACCACUAUAGAUGUCAUACUAAUCAAUGGUCGUUUGAAGGAAGGGGACACAAUCAUUGUUCCUGGAGUAGAAGGGCCAAUUGUUACUCAGAUCCGAGGCCUCCUGUUACCUCCCCCUAUGAAGGAAUUGCGCGUGAAGAACCAGUAUGAAAAGCAUAAAGAAGUAGAAGCAGCUCAGGGAGUAAAGAUUCUUGGGAAAGACUUGGAGAAAACAUUGGCUGGUUUACCCCUCCUGGUGGCUUAUAAAGAAGAUGAAAUCCCUGUUCUUAAAGAUGAAUUGAUCCAUGAGUUGAAGCAAACAUUAAAUGCUAUCAAAUUAGAAGAAAAAGGAGUCUAUGUCCAGGCCUCUACAUUGGGCUCUUUGGAAGCUCUACUUGAAUUUUUGAAAACUUCAGAAGUGCCCUAUGCAGGAAUCAACAUCGGCCCUGUGCACAAGAAAGAUGUCAUGAAGGCUUCUGUGAUGCUGGAACAUGACCCUCAAUAUGCAGUAAUUUUGGCCUUUGAUGUAAGAAUUGAACGGGAUGCACAAGAAAUGGCUGAUAGUUUAGGAGUUAGAAUUUUUAGUGCAGAAAUUAUUUAUCACUUAUUUGAUGCCUUUACAAAAUAUAGACAAGACUACAAGAAACAGAAACAAGAAGAAUUUAAGCACAUAGCAGUAUUUCCCUGCAAGAUGAAAAUCCUCCCUCAGUAUGUUUUCAAUUCUCGAGAUCCAAUAGUGAUAGGGGUGACUGUGGAAGCAGGUCAGGUGAAACAAGGGACACCCAUGUGUGUCCCCAGCAAGAACUUUGUUGACAUUGGAAUAGUAACAAGUAUUGAAAUAAACCAUAAACAAGUGGAUGUUGCGAAAAAAGGACAAGAAGUUUGUGUCAAAAUAGAACCUAUCCCUGGAGAGUCUCCCAAGAUGUUUGGGAGACAUUUUGAAGCUACAGACAUUCUAGUCAGUAAGAUCAGCCGGCAGUCCAUUGAUGCCCUCAAAGACUGGUUCCGAGAUGAAAUGCAGAAGAGUGACUGGCAGCUUAUUGUGGAGCUGAAGAAAGUGUUUGAAAUCAUUUAAUUUUUCCACAUGGAGCAGGAAUUGAAAUAAUGCAAUAUUAUAUUGUAAUAGAAAAGACAAAAAUUGGAACAGACGUUUCUGGACAGUGAUGGAUUUAGGUGUAUAAAAUGUUUUCCAUGAGAAACCAAGAAACUUACACUGGUUUGACAGUGGUCAGUUACCCACCUCCAGUUCCAGCGUGCCUGUUCUCCUCUUGCCCCACCCUUCUUUCCCUACUUGGCUGCUGUUUUAAAGUUUGCCCUUCCCAAAUUUGGAUUUUUAUUACAGAUCUAAAGCUCUUUCAAUUUUAUACUGAUUAAAUCAGUCCUGCAGUAUUUGAUUAUCCAAGCUUCUGCAGAUUUUGUGAUUCUUGGGACUUUUUUGAUGUAAGGAACAUAUCUUUAUGCAUAUUCCUCCCACAUUGAUUUUUCCAGUAUUCUGCCAUAUGCCCCUAGGAGUUUUUUAAAUAGAAAAUUAGGCAUUCUAAUAUUUAUCUGCUUUGUGUGAAACCAUGGUGUAAAGCAUAGCUGGCUGCUUUUUACUGCUUGUAUAGUCAUGAGAGUCCAUUGUAACCCUCACAAUUCUGAAGUACCAAUAAAGGAAACAGACAUUGCAAUACCAGAAAGCGCUGCUAGGUUUCCAUGUCAGUGUCAGUGUAGCUUCUCAGAUAAGGGUCAACAGGAGGGAUUUUUGAUACUUUACAUUUUUGCCUGUUUUGUUCUAUGCACAUUUCCUCAUAAAGGUACAAGGGCCAACAAGUAGGAAAUUAACUAUAGCUAAUUAGGACUUCCCUGAGCAAUUUGGGUCCAUGUCAGUAUACACUCUUCCAGUUUAAGAAACUUGACAGAUGGUAUAAUAAGAGUUUAGGUCACUUGGGUGUUUAAGGAAAAAAAAAAUUUGAAGUAUAUUCUAGUAUGAAUUAAGUGUAUUAACCUCUCAGGAAUUUCAGCCUCUGACUGGCCUGGUGAGUUUUCAGCCUUUUAAGUAUAACAGAUACUAGGUGCUUUCUAGAGUUUUUAAAGAUUCACAAAAAGGAACCUGUACAAAAUAUACAUACAGUUCUUU